CGGCCAGUCGACAAAAUGGAACGUUGGCGCAACAAAGUGGCCGUGGUUAGCGGCGCCAGCGCUGGCAUUGGGGCUGCCUGUGCCCGCGCCUUGGUCGGUGCCGGUCUGCUGGUCGUUGGCCUGGCCCGGCGCCAGGAGCGCAUUGAGGAGAUGCGAGCAAAGCUGCCGCCAGCCGAGCAGCGGCGCCUGCAUGCCCGCCGCUGCGACAUAACGCGCGAGUCCGAGGUGCUGGCCGCGUUCGACUGGGCCCAGCGGGAGCUGGGCGGCGUCCAUGUGCUGGUCAAUAAUGCGGGCAUCAUUGCGACCACCGAGCUCAGCGGGCCGGGCAAUACCCAAGCGAUACGCGACACCAUUGAAACGAAUCUAAUGGGCAGCGUCUAUUGCAUCCGCGAGGCAUUCCAAGCAAUGCGGCGACAGGAGCAGCAGCAGCCAGAGCAGGCGAGGGGUGAGGGCCACGUGAUCAUUGUGAACAGCGUUGCGGGACAGCAGGUGCCAAAUCUGGGACCUCAAUUGCCAUCGCUAAACAUUUAUCCGGCGACCAAAUUUGCGCUGCGUGCCAUGCAGGAGAUCUACCGCCAGGAGUUUCAGCGCCAUCAAACGCGCGUCCGGGUCUCGACCAUAAGUCCCGGCAUUGUCGACACGGACAUCUUGCCCGAGCAGAUACAGGGCGUCAUCAAGCCACAUAUGCCGAUGCUGCGCUCUGAGGAUGUGGCCGACGCCGUACUGUGGACCAUCUCCACUCCGGCCAAUGUGCAAGUACAAAACAUUACCAUCAAGCCACAGGGUGAAAAGUUUUAACUAUCAUUCGAAUAUUAAAGAGAGAUUUAUCGUCUAGCUAA